UGGCUUCCCUGCCCCGGACUAAUCUCCAGUUCAAGGCCUGGACCCACGGAGGAGGAGGAGGGGGCAUGGCCAGGUGCCCCGAGCCGUCGUCCUCCCUAGGGUUUGGGAGCCAGUGAGAGGCCGGGAAGGGGGGAGGGGGUGGGGAGACUUUAUGCAUGAGCUUUUGGUGGUGCGGCCGGCAGCUAGGCUGUCAGGCUGGGCCAAGGGUCUGUGCUGAAUGGAAAUUAGAGCAGCUGACUGGGGGUGAAACCCGCGGUCUAUUGCCCCUCCUGCCUGCCCACCCUCCUGCAGCCCGGGGUGCAGUUUGGCCACCGGCUUGGCUGCCAGAACUCAGCACAGCUGCAGGGACGUUUGGUGAGACGGGGAGGUGGAGGGGAGCCGCGUGGAGCUGGCCCCCCUCCCCGGGAUGUCUGGGCGAGGGUCUGAGCACUCCACUCGGCGCCGGCUCACAGAGGGGCAUAUGGCAGGGUGACAGGGGCAGGGUUCCGAGUUUGUCAAAUCUAAGACUCCUUCCCUGACUCUGUACAGCGAAGACCUCUGCAGGCACCAGGCUGAGCACCCUCCUUCCUCCCCAGGGCCCCCAGGGUGGGUGCUUAUGCCCAUUUUGCAGAUGAGAAACCUGGUUGAGAGCGACUGAGGCCACAGGCUACAAAGUGAUGGAUUUUGGAUUUGAACCCCCAGCCCUUGGUGACCGUGUGUGUGUGUGUGUGUGUGUGUGUGUGUGUGUGUGUGUGUGUAGCAGGAUUGAAAGCUGAGUUGUUUGACUUGCCACUGCUGGGCCUGGCGUGGGCCUGGCAGGGCCCCGUGGAGGCCGACAGCCUCUCCUGUCCCCCGUUAAAGCUUUGCACACGUGUGUGCACAUACAGAGCAUCCCUCUGGACCAAGAAUGCUCAGCUCUGCCUUUGCUCCCCUCCUGGCCCCCGCGAUGAGGCAGGGCCAUGGCUGGGUACCUGGAGCGGGACAGGUCCCAGUGUCUGACAUCCUGGGAGGGUCCUGGGAGCCAGCACACAUAGGGUCCAGGCUGUAGGGUCGCUGUGCUGGAGUUCCUGUGAAGAGGAAAGGUCGUGCCCCAGGAACCUGGACUUCUCCACGCAGGUGAACUCCUCUUCCCUCAACUCCCCCACGGGGCGCGGCUCCAUGGCCGCCCCCUCGCUGCACCCCUCCCUGGGGCCCGGCAUCGGCUCCUCGCUCGGCUCCCCGGGACAGCUGCACUCGCCCAUCAGCACCCUGAGCUCCCCCAUCAACGGCAUGGGCCCGCCCUUCUCGGUCAUCAGCUCCCCCAUGGGCCCCCACUCCAUGUCCGUGCCCACCACACCCACACUGGGCUUCGGCACCGGCAGCCCCCAGCUCAACUCGCCCAUGAACCCCGUCAGCAGCAGCGAGGACAUCAAGCCCCCGCUGGGCCUAAACGGCGUCCUCAAAGUCCCGGCCCACCCCUCAGGGAACAUGGCGUCCUUCACCAAGCACAUCUGUGCUAUCUGCGGGGACCGCUCCUCAGGCAAGCACUAUGGGGUGUACAGCUGCGAGGGCUGCAAGGGCUUCUUCAAGCGGACGGUGCGCAAGGACCUGACCUACACCUGCCGGGACAACAAAGACUGCCUGAUUGACAAGCGGCAGCGGAACCGGUGCCAGUACUGCCGCUACCAGAAGUGCCUGGCCAUGGGCAUGAAACGCGAAGCUUGUGGGCGCGCUGCUCGGGCCCUGGCGGCGGAGGGGCUGCCGCGGGAGCUGCGGGCUGACUGGAAGCCUCCCCGUGCCUCAGCUGUGCAGGAGGAGCGGCAGCGGGGCAAGGACCGGGCUGAGAACGAGGUGGAGUCCACAAGCAGCGCCAACGAGGACAUGCCCGUGGAGAAGAUCCUGGAGGCCGAGCUGGCCGUCGAACCCAAGACCGAGACGUACGUGGAGGCAAACGUGGGGCUGAACCCCAGCUCGCCCAAUGACCCUGUCACCAACAUCUGCCAAGCGGCUGACAAACAGCUCUUCACCCUGGUGGAGUGGGCCAAGCGGAUCCCGCACUUCUCCGAGCUGCCCCUGGACGACCAGGUCAUCCUGCUGCGGGCAGGCUGGAACGAGCUGCUCAUCGCCUCCUUCUCCCACCGCUCCAUAGCCGUGAAGGACGGCAUCCUCCUGGCCACCGGGCUGCACGUCCACCGCAAUAGCGCCCACAGCGCGGGGGUGGGCGCCAUCUUUGACAGGGUGCUGACGGAGCUGGUGUCCAAGAUGCGGGACAUGCAGAUGGACAAGACGGAGCUGGGCUGCCUGCGCGCCAUCGUCCUCUUCAACCCCGACUCCAAGGGGCUCUCAAACCCGGCCGAGGUGGAGGCGCUUCGCGAGAAGGUCUACGCGUCCCUGGAGGCGUACUGCAAACACAAGUACCCCGAGCAGCCAGGAAGGUUUGCAAAGCUGCUGCUUCGUCUGCCGGCCCUGCGCUCCAUCGGCCUCAAGUGCCUGGAACACCUCUUCUUCUUCAAACUCAUCGGGGACACGCCCAUCGACACCUUCCUCAUGGAGAUGCUGGAAGCCCCGCACCAAAUGACUUAGGCCCGUGGCCGUUCUUCGCACCCACUGGUCCGGCCGCUCCGCCCGGCUGCCAGCAGCUCUUCUCAGCCGAGCCUGCCCCGCCCCUCCUCUGCCUGGAUGUUUGGACUUGGGGGCGUGGCCUGUCACUGCUAAGCCUGAGAUGUGCUGCCACCCUCGUUAUUUUCAGUACUACUCGACUGGACCGGGCAGUGGCCAUGCUGGUGUGGCAGCCGGAGUGGCAGGAACUGGUGUGAGCCCCGGGGGAGCCCGGGCGGCUCACGGGGUCUCAGGCCCCCGCCCCCGGAGCUAUAGCGGUCAGAGGGUGGCUUUGUUCCGUCACUGUUUUGUUGUCGCGAGGUCCUCUGUUUGCAGGGAUCCCUCUGUCUCCUGUGUGUGCUGGCAACCUGCCAGCCCGGCCUCACCCACAAUUGGGAGGAGGGAACAGGUGGGGGGGGGGUUGGCAUUUCAUUGCAAAAGACUCCACCUGCCCCCUGGGAAGACGGGAGGGGCUCUGGGGCAAGCAGCCUUGUCUCCCCUCAGAAUGAAGGGUGAGCAACCCCUGUUUCCAAA